CUUUUGCUGAGUUGCUCUUCUGACCAGGACCUCUCGUAACUUUAUGGUACAUAGUUCUCGAAAAGUAUCUUUUUAUCAGUUUUUGAUUGGUGUGACAUCGACAUCCUCACCAUGAUGACAGGGAUUGACAUGCUCUACUUACAGAUCCAUUGUUCUAAGUGAAUCAGAUCCGAGAUACACAAAAAAGCCUGUACAAGAAUAUCUCCACUGAUCAUUGUGAUUUAGACCUUAUUUUACGUCAUCAUCAGAAUUUUAGCAUGCUUUUUGUUCUUUAGUUUUGUCCUGUUGGGUUAUCAAUGUGAAGGGUGGCCCAGUGGAUCCAAAGGCUCUGAAGCUCAGCUGUUGGGCCUGUGGGCGAGGGCCCGGCUUGAUUCAUUGCAUAUGACGUCCUGAAAGUUUUGUUAUGCGUUGUCUUGGAUGACUGAACAGGACUAGCUCUCGAUUUGGCAUUCUCUCAUUCUUCCUGAAAUCCUAUUUGCCUUAAAAGACCCUUACCUUUUUUUUUUUUAUGGCUAUCCAUACUCCAAUUAAAUCUCAUAAAUCUCUCCUUCUGAUCUUGCUAACAUUUCUAUCUGCUCUCAAACCUUCUCAAGAUCCAUCCGGCACCGGGCUCUGCUUCACAGCCGACACCUCCUAAUUCUUUUUUUUUGUUAAUUUUCCUCGAGGGAAGAAAGCGAGAACGCAAACAAAGACAAAGUACAAGCCAUGAAGGUCGAAGAUGAAACCUAUUUGCAGCAGAAGCGCCAGGUCUGGAGGCCCAGCAUCCCCAUCCAUGGAGUCCAGGUCAUUCAGAUGGGCUCAAGAAAGUUGAAUGUGGUUGUGGUGCUUCUUUGUUCUCUGGUGCUGGUAUUAGGUUUCGGUGUGGAAGUUGCAGCUCACAGCACUCAGGAGCUCAUUGCAGUCUCUCAUAUUGGAGCAGAAAGACUUCUAGCGGAUGGGGUGAACAACUCAGUAUCUGUGGAUACUUUGUCAGCUAGAACAGAAAGAAUUGACCCUUUGGAUGAUUUCAAGAAGUACAAAGGAGGCUACAACAUUACGAACAAGCAUUACUGGAGUUCUACAAUAUUUACAGGUAGAUAUGGGUACAUCAUUGCAAUCCUAUGGCUUGUUGGGGGGCUCCUUUAUGCUGCAAUUGUACUUACCAUAAACACUUGCUUCACCAAGAGAGCAAGAAGAAAGAACAGGCGAUCCCCCUGCUUCAAGAGAUAUAGUCUCUGGUCUAUUUUCCUGGGCAUUUUCUUAACAAUCCUAGCAAUAGUUGCAUCUGGAGUAGUACUUGGUGGAAGCUUAAGAUUCCAAUCAAGAGCCCAGUCAACUAAAAACAUCAUUGCAGAAACUGCAGAGGAGGCAUCAGGAACAAUAUACAAUGUAACUGGAGCUGUUGCGAACAUGCAGAACAUCGCAAAGCUCUAUGGUGGCUCUCAAGCAUACAGCGGUCUGAAUAACACAUUACAGAAACUUGAUGAUGAAGCUGAUAGCAUACAGAGAACGGCAGUGAAGAAAAUGCGGCUGGUCAACAAGGGCAUCAAAAUAUUGAAAGUGCUUACCAUUGUCACCAUUGUGCUAAACCUGAUUGCCAUUCUUGCUUUGAUAGCAUCAAGGCCCCUCAGGCUUCACCAGGCUCUUUAUUGGCUUAUCAUUCUUUGCUGGCUAUUGACAUUCCUCUUCUGGAUAUACUUUGGGCUGUAUUACUCCCUAGACAAGUUUGCUGGUGAUUCCUGUGCAGCUCUUGAUGAAUAUCGGCUGAACCCUGAAAAUAGCACACUAAGUUCGAUCCUCCCAUGUGCCGAUCGGCUUUCAACCAAUAAACUUCUACGUGAUGUUGGAGCUGGAAUCUACAAUAUAGUUAAUCAGGUAAAUGCGAACAUAUCAGCAGCGAAGUCAUUGGCUCUUCCAGAUCUAGAAUAUAUCUGCAAUCCUUUCUCCGGACCACCUGAAUACAAUUAUCAGCCACAAAAUUGUUCCUCCAACACAAUCAAGAUAGGAGAUAUCCCCCAGAUUUUGAAGAAUUAUAUCUGCUCAGAUAAUGAAGGUGGAACAUGUAUAUCAGCUAGCAACUACAAUAGAGUGCAAGUCUUUACGAGCUCCAUGCAGGAUAUUGUCAAUGAUUUCCCUGGUAUGGAGAAGCUGGUGGAUUGCCAAAUGGUGAAAGAUGCAUUCUCUGAGAUCCUUUUCAACCAAUGCAAGCCACUGAAGAAAUAUGUCCACAUGACAUGGGCCUCAUUGGCAGCUCUGUCAACAAUUAUGGUGGCUCUUGUUUUGUUUUGGACGGUAGAAGCUCGGCAUGACAAUCAACACCAUUCAACUGAUGGCUCUGUAAAACCCCACCCAUCAUCAACAGACAUGCCGGAAGCUGACAUGACUGAGAUUGCAGCUAAACAGAUGGAACUUAAAAUGGAACCGUGAUACCAAGUUGCUAAGGAAUACUCAAUGCAUGAACAGCAAAGCUAAAGAUGAGAGCAUUAGAAAAAGAAAACAUGGGGUGAGAUAUGGAUGAACAAGUGGAACUUCUCUUCUUUUUAGACUGAGACUGGGAUCCAAAGGAGACCGUCCACCCCAGCCAUUUUUUUGCUUUUUUAAUUUUUUUUUCUUUUUUCCCUUUGCUGGUUUGGAGAAACCAGCCACAACAGAUGUAUACUAUAGGCUGAGAAUGUUCUCCCCUAUAAUCGUAAAGGAAAUUUUUUUUGAGGCAA